CCCUCCCUCUCUCUCUCGCUCUCUCCCCACUCGCCUGCUCUCUCUUACAUACUCACACAGAAGAACACACACUUGCUCCUCAGACUCUCACCACCGCGCUCUUUUGCCGCCGCUCCUCGUUCCGCCCUCGGCCGUCUCCCUCCGUCGCCUCAUCACUAAGGGCAGCGCCAUCAGCGGGCCGGGAUGUGCGGUUGACAGGGGGGACGGGGCGGCUCACCCCAGUUAGAGAGAUCGUCGUGGGGUUUAUCCGCGAGGAGGCACUUUUUUUUCCUUUUUUUUUUUUUUGCUCAACUUCUCUGAUGGGAGAUCAACUGACGGCAGGCACCUGAAUCAAAUACAGAAAGACAGUGGAUCUCCAAACACGUGGAGAUGGUGUUCGUAAAUAAAGAUUCCGAUAGAAAACCAUAACGGAACGAAGCAGGAAACACAGUUGUGACAACGAUGCGAUCGUCCCUGCUUGCAGGUACGCUCUCCCAGAGCCAGGUCCACCCGCUGCUGGGCUCCCUGGCUCUGCCCGCUCGGCCCUUCCCGCCACGGACUCACGCCCAGCUGGAGCACUUCCUGCCGCUCAGGAUCAACGGCUCCUCGCCGCUCAGCCUCUUCCCCAAUUUCAGCACAAUGGACCCGGUGCAGAAGGCCGUGAUCAACCACACCUUCGGCGUGGCUCCAUUGCCCAAGAAGAAACCCGUCAUUUCCUGUAACAUCUGUCACCUGCGCUUCAACUCCACCAUCCAGGCGGAGGCCCACUACAAAGGUCACAAACAUGCUCGCAAGAUGAAGGCCUUGGAGACGCAGAGGAACCGGCAGAAGAACGGCCACAGUCCGUCAGCAACAGGGAAAGACGGAGGCCGAGAGAGGGGGACGAUGGGAAGAGAAAUGGUGCCCAUAGACUCCCAUUUGAAAGACAUAACAGGCCUAAGUGUUACAUCUCAACCGGAAAACCUCCAGGAACCGUUGCUAGCACCCACCGCGCCCUCACAGGCGCCGCCCACAGACUCCUCCUCCCCCCUCUGCUCGCCUCAGCUCGCCCCUCGAGACAACCCACCUUCAGAUAGUCCUCCUGCGGGAGGGUGCAGCCUGGCGCCCGGCUCAGCCACGCACUCCGAUCCUCAAGAGGGCACCGCGGGAGGUGAGAAGGAGGUGGAGGUGGUGAAGGGGGAGGAGGCCGAAGAGGCCAAGAGCGACAAAAAAACGCAUCACUGUCCGACGUGCAAAGUGACCGUCAACUCCAGCUCCCAGUUGGAGUCUCACUGUAGUGGCUCGAAGCACAAGCAGAUGCUUGACGGCCACCGCAGCGGCCACUCCCAACGCAGGGUCAAGAUGACAUCAUCGCCCAGGCCCACCAGCCGAAUUCGGCAGCGAAUGAGCAACAAGACCAGGGCGGUUGUGGGCGUAUCCAGCAAGCCGUUCAACUGUGAAUUGUGCCAGGUGUCAGUCAACUCAGAUUCACAGCUGAAGCAGCACAUUAGCAGCAGGAGACACAAAGAACGUUUGGCUGGGAAGCCUGUCAAGGCGAAGUUCACACCCUAUAGUAAACUACAGUCCAGUGCGAUCUUAGCGACUAAACUGGCCUUGCAGAAGCAGCUGUCCAAGGCCCUGCCGGCAGGGUUCCUGACCAACCACCUCAAUCCAGCUGCUUUGUGCACCAUGGCGUCUGGACCCUUGGCGCUACGGUUCCCGCCGGGUCCAACAGCCUUCAUCCACGGCCCCCUGAUCAGCCCCACACUCUUCAGGCCUGCUCCGGGGCCUCUGAGGGCCACACAUGGACCGAUUAUCUUCUCUCCUUACUAGCAAUGAGCCACGCUGGGCUAGAGGACGUACAGAAGAGUGGACCCAACCAAGCCAAAUCUGGAGCAGGGAGGGUUAGUUUGGUUGCUGAAUACAAAGUCCGGGGACACACCGUGAGGGACACCAGUGCACUGUUAUGCCAUGAUGGCAGCAUCCUGUUAGGCAUGUUAUGUUGUGCAGGUGCAAGUCGUGAGAACAAGUGAGCACAAUCCCCUGGUGUGGAUUUCAGCGCAGACUGACCAGGGAAGGUUCAUCGCUCAGCUGUUUCCCCUCAACAAACUUUUGAGUCUGGACCCCUCUUGAAGCCAUAUUGACAAGCAUCUUUUAGUUUUAUGUGUAGGACAGUAAUAUACUAUUAAAAUAGAGUGUGUAAAUGUUAUGUGUAAAUUAUUUUAAUUUCAGAGCGGUUCUCUGAGAACAUGUACAAUACUUCAUACCCGCUGAAGUCUUCAGUCAGAGUGAAAGUUGAGUAUUUCCAUACAACCACCCUCCUCUAAUGGAAAAAAUGUAGGAAUAUCCAUAAGUACUGAGGAUUUUGAAUCUCAACAUGUGUACAUCUUUACAGCCCGUUGUCUGACGUGGAUGCACUCGGCUUAUUUGACAAUACUUUCACUCAUGCUCUUUGUCUUACGAGGUGACAAUCAACUAACACUCUGAAAUGAUGCCAAGAAUACUCGCCAUAUGGAGACAGACUACAUACAUAAUGAAUACAAUGAGAUUUAAUUAAAGUUCUAAGAUGUAUGUGGUUUAAUAAGGUAUUUACUAUUUACAUCUUGAUGCUGUUUGUGCAAUAUGAAGAUACAGGCUGAUGUUUGCUAAUUCUCAAAAGGAUUUAUUCACAGAUAUUUAAAUGUACCUUUGAUUUCUUUAUUAAAACUGUUAUUUUUGUUAUAGAGCUGUAUUAAAUGAACAUUCUGUUGAAAUACCCUUCUACUUUAUUGUGCCGAAUCAUCCCAAGGAAUAUGUGUUUUUAAAGUGCCACCUGGUAAAAUUAACGACAAGUGUAACUGUGCAUCAAUUGCAAUAAUGUAAAUGAUUAUGUGCUAAAAAUGUCAAUAAUGUAUUCUAUAUGAACUUAUAAAUAGUAAUGUUUUUUUA